UCCGGUUACCAUUGAAAGUGGUGAGUUGUAUCUUUUACAUUAUCAUGUCGGAGGGUGAGGCAAAAGCAGCGCCAGCGGCCAAAUCGAAAAAGAAGACCCCAAAACGAACACCUGGCAGACUCUAUGUUAAAGCUGUGUUCACAGGCUACAAACGUGGUUUAAGAAACCAGUAUGAGCACACUGCACUCUUGAAGAUUGAUGGUGUUUAUAAAAGAAAUGAAACUAGUUUUUACCUUGGCAAAAAAUGUGCUUAUGUAUACAAGGCAAAGAGGAAAACAAGAAUUCCAGGCACCAAAACUGCAGGUCACAUUCGUAUAAUAUGGGGCAAAGUCACCCGUCCCCAUGGAAAUAGUGGUGCUGUACGUGCAAAAUUUAAGAAGAAUCUACCUGCUACCGCUAUUGGAAGACGCAUCCGAGUUAUGUUGUAUCCAUCAAGAAUCUAAAGACAUGUAAAAAAUAAAAUGUUUUCCAAUCUA